AUGAAAUUAAGUAAACAAAAUCUUUUUAUAGUUAUUUUCUGUCUUUUAAUUGUUCAACCAGCUGCUGACUAUAUCAAAGAAACAGCUGCUCCAACAAUAAAAAAUAAAACUGAAGAGUUAAAGACAACAUUACAAGAUCCUGAUACAUACAAAGGAUUUAAAGAAUGGCUUAAUGAAGUUGCUAUUCCUACAAUAAAAGAAAAAGCAUCUGCUGCUGGUGAUUAUAUGAAAACUGAAGUUUUUCCUGAACUUAAAAAAGUUUAUGAAGCUAUUAAACAUAAUGAUACACAGAAUAUGUCAGACAAAUAG